AUGCAGACUCGUGGCCUCGAGGCGUUCGGCCGCAAAGUGACCACCACGGCCAGCCACCUCAUGGGCCCCCUGUCAGACCCGACGACAAGUGGCCACUACCACCAGGCCAUGGGCGAGGUCUCCAAGCAGCUGCGGCGGCCAACGCUGCAGCGGAGCAUGUUCUCCAUGGCCAAGACGACCCCUACGGAUAUGGUGCGGUCGAGGCUGUCCACGAGCGAGAUACAACACCGCGCCCUGUCUUAUGUUCCAGACGCCCUGUUGAAGGACAUACCAGAAGAUGACAACUCAUAUUCGCUGUUCCAGGGGUUCCAGGCCUCCUUCCCGGACUAUACAGAACUGGGCAAGAAGCAUAGGAGGAAGGUGUCGAGGGGCAGGAAGCUCAUCGAUGAGGGCGGCGUCCAGCCCGACAGCCCUCAGGCGGUGCAGAAGCUCAAGAAAGAGAAGGCAGCCAUGAUGCACGAGUUUGAGAUGCUGGGCAUACGAAAGAACAUGGCCAGCAGCGAGAUCCGGGACAUCGACAAUAAGAUAGCAAACCUGGCCGGCAUGCGGAGGAUUGUGUUGGACAGAUUAGCAAAUUUUGAGCAGGAGGAGGCUAUAUUAGAACACGACAUUGUGGACGUGGAGAAUCGUCUGGAGGAGGCUGAAGAGCUGCUGGCAGAGGCCGAGUCGGUGGCAGGAUUGCGAACGCCCACACAGGGCAGCGAGGGUCCGGACGACGAGGCCGGGUUCAUGUCUCAGUCAAUUUACGAGAAACUGCCCUCAGCUGACAGCACACCGUCGAGAUCGAAGAAGCCGAGGAACCUGCGCAGGAAAUCAAUGCCUAUACUGCAUGAGCAUUACGAACCCGGCACGUCGAUCCGCGAAAUUCGUGCUCACCAGGACUCUAUUACCGCUAUGGACUUUGACGCACCCUUUGGGAUAAUGGUUACUUCAGCGCUAGACGACGCAAUCCGGGUUUGGGACUUGAAUGCAGGACGAUGUAUCGGGAACCUGGAGGGACACACGGCUUCGGUGAAGACCCUGCAGGUCGAAGACAACAUCUGUGCUACGGGAUCCGUCGAUGCUACUAUCCGGCUCUGGGACCUCAGCAGGGCUCGCUACGAUCCUGCUGGAGAGCAGCUGGACAAGGACGACGAUGAGGAUGGUAUGGCUUUCGAGAACCCCGACGAUCAACCAGUGGAACCGCCUGCCGGCAGCAUGGACGAGUGUCCUCUGACGACGCUCUCAUCCCACAUGGCCGAAAUCACUGCCCUGCACUUCCGAGGCGAUCUUCUGGUCUCCGGUUCCGCGGACAAAACGAUUCGACACUGGGAUCUGGAGAAGGGCCGGUGUGUGCAGACUCUAGAUGUCAUGUGGGCUGCAGCGCAGGCUUCCGUCACCUUAGGAGAGGGCAAGUGGGCGCAGACAACACGGGCGCCUGCACAGGACGCCGAUUUUGUGGGAGCUCUGCAGGUCUUUGAUGCUGCUCUCGCGUGUGGAACUGCGGACGGUAUGGUUAGGCUCUGGGAUCUGCGGAGUGGACAGGUCCACCGCAGCUUAGUCGGCCACACUGGGCCGGUGACGGCCCUACAGUUUGACGAUGUCCAUCUUGUGACUGGCAGCUUGGAUCGGAGCAUUCGGAUAUGGGACCUUCGCACCGGUUCCAUCUCGGACGCCUUUGCGUAUGACCAUCCCGUGACGGGCAUGAUGUUCGACGGCCGUCGCAUAGUCUCUGCCGCAGGUGAGGACGUCGUCAAGGUCUACGAUAAGCUUGAGUCCCGCCAGUGGGAUUGUGGUGCGGGCGUCAAUGCUGCUGAGGAGGGCAAAACACCGGCUAUCGUUGAACGUGUACGUUUACGGGAUGGAUAUUUGGUUGAAGGACGCCGCGACGGUAUCGUUGGCGUCUGGACGUGUUAGGAGGGGGGGAAAGAAAUAACGAAGAUGCACUUUGUAUAUGCACAAAAUAUAUCAUCUCCAAGC